AUGUUCAUCGUGGAAAAGAACAACGAGAAAAGGCAAGGGGAAAGUGCACCGGAACUUCAAUCAGCUGAUAUUUUCAUAAAGAUGCAAAAUGUAGAGAGUGCACCCGUGCACAUUCGUCGCUGUUACGUCAGUGAAGCCAAAGCAAUUGACCGUCACUUUCUCGCUGUUUCGUUUGAUUCGCUCCUCGAACAUGAGUUCACCAGCAAAUUCCACCGAGGACCAAUCCGGACAUUCCAUGCGAAUGCAUCGAGUCCGUUCUUAACAAGGCUUGCAAUCGCAAGAGGCACUUGCACUCUAACUCGACUUAUUACAAUUCAACUAGAGCUAUUACAUCGCAAUCCGCAUGCUGUGCACUCGGCUGGUCAGCUGAUGAAUACACUGGCGAUGGUGUUCCUUUUACCGCAAGCACUUCGAACUGUCGGCGCUUGGGAGGCGAACUCUGCUGCCGAUGCCGUUUAUUGGGGCUACUAUCCAUACCAAGCGUACUUCGUCAACGUCUUCGGAUUCUGCGCUAUG